GACAUAGAUCAAAGGUGCUGAAAGCAUAACGGACCCUUGACUUUUUUUUGGCCAACAUCUAAAUUUGCUUUUCGGAUAAGUUACUGGCUAUGGCUAUCCCUUUUGGGCGAUUUGAGUAGCUUUGUUGUUUUUUUUAAUAUUUCUCAGACCUCUUCUCAAUGAUGUAACAUUCAACUAAACCAUUGAUCAAAUAUUUUAGUCUAUUCGACCCCUUAUUACAUACCACAAGAUUUUAGUAUAUGUUAAGAAAACCCCUAAAUAUUUGAGUUACAAUAUCGAUAAACACUUCCUGGUUCGUAUUUACCUGGGGUUUAUUGUUAUUCAACCGUCUUUAGAUUAUCCAUGAGAACAGCAAGAUACUGUCGGGUCUCGUGUCCUAAUUAUUCAAGCGUGGCUAAACGCAUAAUAGACCCCAUGUAGAUAUGAACCAGGAACGUGUUUACCCCCUAAUAUAAUGCAGCAUAAUUUAAUUCAUUGUGUGAUCAUUAAACAGAUACCUUCCUGGUCUUACUAAUUAGAUGUGAUACUUUAUGACAGCGAGAGUAAUUCACGUUAGACCCUGGUCUUAACAAUAACAGGUUAUACAUUGUGACAGACGAGAGUAAUUAACGUUAUAUCCUGGUUGAUGUCACAACACAAUAUUCAAGAUGUCGACAGGGGGAUUAUAUAAUAUAUUUUAUUUAUUGGCGAUUACAACGUUUAUUGAUGUUGAUUCCAAGAUUGUAGCAAAGGCAACCUGCGAUGACGACAUGUAUUUCUACGCCGAUGGUGUUUUAAUGGCAAACGACAGCAGUUGGACAAAUUUAAUACAAAUAGACCUUCCUGACAACACGACAGUUCUUGGAGUACACUGCGUUGACCGAGGAGGCUAUGGCGGUAUCUAUGUUACUUUCACUUUAAAUAAAACUUAUACAACGGACUCAUCAUGGAAAUGUUCAGCAAAAUUUGAAGAAAACUGGAGUACACCGGAUUUUGAGGACGGGAAAUGGAAUGCUGCUUUUAGUACUUACGAACCACAUCACAAGCGAACCAAUUGGAUAUGGACCUCUGAGUUUCAUGAAGGAGACAGGAACGUAUAUUGUAGGAAAAAAAUAAAAGUUGAACCAAUAAUAAAAUCGUUAUUAUCUAAUGCUGUUGACAACAUAAUAGAUAAAAACGUAAGCGUUAUUAUGAACUGUUUGGUGGAAAGUAUCCCAGUGGCGCAAGUAUCCUGGUCCAGAUCACAACAAGAGCGACAACUCUAUUCUGGUAGUCAAUAUACCAUACCUAAAGCUAGUUGUCAACAUACAGAUAACUAUACCUGUACAGCUAGUAAUAAUAUUGGUCAACCUGUAUCUAAAACUAUUCCACUCUAUGUUAAAUGUGCCCCAGUUGUUAUAACUAAGGAUGCUAUAGUUGUACCACGCGGAGAAACGGUUAUAUUACCAAUGAACGUUUUAGCUUAUCCACUUCCGGCAUUCGUCUGGUAUUAUCACCAACAAGAUGGCAGUCAACAACCAGUUACCACGGUUACAGGUUCUAGAAUCAAACAGACAGAUGAUGGUCUGUCAUCAACAUUAACUAUACACAAUAUUAGAUACGAAGAUGGGGGUAUUUAUACAGUUAAAAUUACCAAUAGUCUGGGUGCCACCUCCAAGACGUACACACUAUCUGUGAUCUCUAACGAAGACGAUGUAAAGGAAGCUGUCGAUGACAAGCUAGGAGUUGGUAUAGCUAUAGGUGUUGGUAUUGGUCUGGUUGUUUCCGCUAUGUUAUUUGUUAUUAUAUGGUGUAUCAAGAAGAGAAGAGAUGCCAUCACGUCAAAUGAUGGACACAGUGUUAAUGACACAGUAAGCUCCCAGUCCAGAGAUAAUACCACCAGGCAUUGUAAUAGUCUUGUAGACACUUGUGAUUCUGGAGAACAUGUAAACACGCUAUAUACCUCUACUUCCUCCGACUACGACGGACUGGAUGAACUUACUAUGGACCACCAACCGAACAUCUAUCUACCACUCUCGAACAAGAGCCAGGGUCAUUGAGUCUUAUCUCAAUACACACAACCACAUCGUCAAACUUACGAAAUCACUGGAUGAACAAACUAUCGACAAAAAACAAAUCUUUCGGACCUUCUUCAACUAAAGAAUUGAACAAAUUGGAUCUCAAUAUCUGAAUUUCGCCGUUUUAAAGCGGAAAUUGCAAAUUUUCUAAGAAAGUCAAAACGUAAUUAUUUCUAUGUCUUUUUCUCAAUAGGUUUUCAACUCACAAUUAUACGAUCAUAGGUGUCAUUCUCACACUUAAAACUCAUUUACACAGGAAAUAAUAACACAAUUACCUCCCAAUUACCUCCCUUGUUUCCUAUUCUCCACCAUGGAGUAGCUAUCUUCAAACGUUUGAAUUUGAAGAGGAAAAUGAUAUUUUUGCCAAUUUCUCAGCUGGCAAUAGUGAAUUAUAGGAUUAAUAGGAUUAUUCUUUAACAAGGUAGGACUGUUUAUGGAUACCAUCUAUUUUCAGGCUUUAUUUUAAUAAAUUUUAAAAAUAUAACUUAAAAAUUUGCAAUUUCCGCUUUAAAUGGCAAAAGAGAGAAUUAGAUCAUACAUAGAAGACUGUGGCUUUCUCGUGUCGACCUAAAUGGACAUAAAUUGUAACGACACUGGCAGCUACAGUCGUCGAUUUGAAGAUUCUUAACAUUUUCUCCUCGGGUGCAAGAAAAAAAUCAAUAAAUCUUUUACCAUUACAAGAGUAAUCAAUUAAAUCACUUCCAUCAGUUUAUCAAUUUUAAUCAUUUUAUAAACCAUCUCAUCUUCUCUCAUUUGAUAUAAAUAGUGUGUAUAUAAAUUAUUUACUUUAUAUGUUUUUCACCAUUAUUUUAUAGUAUGUACAUAGCAUAUCUGUUUAGAUGUUUUAUAUACUUUGAUGUCACCAGUCGUUUUAAUAUUUAAAGAGAUUUUAUUUUCUGAAUAAUGAAUGAUAAUGUCAUAAACAAGCACUUCCGCUUUUUCAUUUGUUAUGAAUUUUGUGUAUAUAACUUAUUUUCUUUAUAUGAUUUUUCCCCAUUAUUUCAUAACAUGUACAAAACAGUUUAUGAUAUGUUUUAUAUUCCUUGUAUGAGUAGAGGUGUGAUAUAGGCUAUGCCUGUUCCUUGAUUCGCUUUCAUAUAUUUAAAAAAAAUUGUUUACAACCCCCCCCCCCUCUACCCCGCCCACCGAAAAAAAGUAGUGGGCGAUUUUUGUCAGCAGUGGGGCAUUUUCCCUAUGUCUAUGAUUCUCCCAAAGCGGGGAAAGGCGAACGCCAAAAAUAGGAAUAAUGCGAGUUGAUGAUCGGGAUUCCAAUAUUUCCCGCGUAUUGUCUAUUAUUGUAUAGUAAAAAUUAGAACUACCGGAAAAUUUACAACGAAAUGAAGAAAUGCUAUAACUGUUGAUAUUACGAGAAGGCUUCUAUUUUAAAUAUCAUUUAAAGACAUGUCUCCUAUUCAUUUAAUUUAUUAAAUAUUCGCUUAUC